UUCAGAACAGAUGAGGCUGAGCAGGUCACAAGAUGGACCUAGCCGCGGCACUUCGAUGGUGGCAAGACCGUCUUGUACCCAGAGAUGGACGAUUGUUAUCGAAGAUAGAAUCCCAACUCUUUGGAAAUAAGACCUUCAGCUACUACGUAUUUGGUGUGUUCUGUGCCUGCGCGUUCAGCGCUGUCUCAAAGGACUCUGGGCUCAAGCUUCUAGCCGCCCUACGACUAGUUGUGGCCCUUUGGUGUUGCUACGGUAUGACUCUGUACUUCGCCAUCAGCUCACAAGCAGUUCACGAUCUCUUCAAAUCCACGGCUGAAGUUGCUCAAGACAUUUUCACUGGAGGAGCGUUCAGGCCAUUUGAAGUAAGAGACGUUCUUAGGCCGGUCCAAUCACCCCAAUAACCCUGAAAGCUGAAUUCUUGGUUAAACAGCAAAAUGCUCUCAUCUCUCUCAACGAAUAUUAUAAUGAACUCGGUUUAAAAGCAAUUUACUUCUCGUGUGACAGUAACACUUGGUUCAAAUAAUAAAUGAUCGGGAUCUAAGUGCGUUUAGCACUUGAAUUAGGUGUGUAUUGCACUUAGUUCUAAGUACAUUUGGUCUUCAUUGAAUCACGCGUUUUUGUCUUACUUCGAGUUGAAUUGCUCGAAGUGAGAAAUGCUCUUUAUUCGAUUGAAAGCAUUUUGCUCUCAAACCAAGAAUCCAGCUCUAUUAUCUUUGAGGGUGAGUUGUGGUCCGUACCUUUGUGUUGUGUGUACCUGGUUAUGCCCUUAUCCGAUUCAAGGAUCUGAAACUUAAACUUCAUGGUUGGUUGUAUUGUUAUGGGUAAUUUAUUUUACAUACAAGGUAGAUGUACGCCAGACCACGUCUUGCGUAGCAGGCUUAGCGAUAUCUCACGAAACGAUGUUACGUGGC